AUGAAGAACAAUCUGAUGCUUUCCCUUAACAACGCCAAGGACUACCUGAAAAGCCGGAACGAAAAUGGCCAAUCCGUGUACAACCACAUAUGCGACAUUAUAAAUUUUAUCAUCGUGGAGAAGCCAGAAAAGAGUUAUGAACACUUCGAAAUGAUCUCUAGUCAUAUAAAGGAAAGUAAAAAGGGGGGUUGUGUUUCCGAUCCAUCUGCCGCAUCAUAUGCCUCUUCUUCCCACCGUGCGAAGGGAAAAACAUCCAAAGAUCUCAACACGAAAGAUGUCAAUUUAGACAACUACAUAUUACAAGACUACAUAAAAAACAAAAAGGACUGGCUAGCCAAAAUAAAAUUCUCACUCCAGAAGAGACUGCAGCCAAAACCUUCCCAUUUACCCUUUUUAAAAAAUUUUAACGAGCAAGCGAAAUUAAUUAACUGGGCAGGGUAUCACAUAGGGAGUGAUUCUGUUUGGCUCAUCAAUGAAUCCAUGAAAGAUGUUCUGGAGAAAUAUAAAAAUGAAUUAACAUCCCUACAUUUUUGGGGAAUACUCAAAGGGGUAAAAAAAGACUACUACAUUUUGGAAGGGCUUCUAAAGGGAGACUCCAAUUUUCUCUUUCAGAAGAAAGGCGAAAAAUCCGCACCUUCGGAGGAUUCAAAAGGAGAGAAGUCCUCUGGGAGUGAAGGGUCCGCAUCAACAGACGGGGGAGAUGAAGAGGAUGAGGACGAUGACGAAGAUGAUGAUGAUGAUGGUGAUGACGACGAAGAGGAAGAGGAAGAGAACGAUAAUGAUGAAGAGCAGGAUAGCCGACAUAAGAAGCACAGGAAAGCAAAAAAUUCAAAGGGGAAAAAUAAAUCUACGGACAACCACCAUCUGAACUACAGAAAGGAAGACUUUGUCACCUUCAACAAAAGAGUCAAUAGACACGUCUACUGGGCAUCCGUGAACGGAACAGAUGAAUGGGUUCUCCUAAAGCCUACAACGCCACAGUACAUCCAAAUGGCUAAGAAAACGAAUAAAAUGCUCACGGGAGAUAUGAACAAAAUAAUAACCGCCUUCCCAAACAUCGCCAUAAAGGAAAAGCACUACCUCAGAGCUCUCAUUUCUCUCAUAUCCUCCCACACUCACAUAUCACCGAGGAAGUAUUACAUCACCAGAGGUGCAGAAAAAAAACAGCUAGCUAGGAAGGGAAAAAAGGGAGCGAAAAAUCAAAACAGUGAUGAAGAUGAAGAUGAACAGGAUUACUCCGAUGCGUCUAACGGAAAAAAUGACGACUCUAGUGAAACGAAAGAUGAAAAUGAAUAUACGGAGAAUGGUGAAGAGGAGGAGGAGGAGGAGAUGAGGAAGAACGAGGAUGAGGGUGACAAACGGAACGGAGAUCUUGACCAUGAAAAUGACAACCACCUUGCUGGGGAUGAUAUCCUAAUCGAAAAUAAAAAGUUCCAAUACGAUGCAAAUGCUCUCUCACGCCUAGAUAAUUGGGUUCACUGCAAACAUAGCUUCCUGCCAAAUGGACAUGUCUGCUACCCCAAAGAUGGACUCAGGAAAAAGGGGGGACAAGAAAGUAACACCCAAAUGAAACAGAUGAUUAAAAAUAACCCACCCUUAAAAAUACUAAGAGGAAUUAAUGCACAAGAAGAGAACCAAGUUGCUCCCACGUGGAAGGUGAAGCACCUCAAUCCUGGCCAUUCCUACGGAGCUCAUAGUCUCCACUACGACGUAAUUGUCCUAUACAAUUUUAUCUUUUAUGGCGCCUUUACAGUUUACUCAAAUAAGCAAUUUUUUAACUUUUACAUUGGAAAUGGAAUAAAGUCCAAGCAUUCAUUUAUUCAUACUUACCAGCCUGGCAAAAUCGAAUCGGACGAGAGUGAGCUGUCCGAGGUGGACCACUCAAGCUGA